UAUAAAAUAAACAGGUGAAGAAAUACUAAAUUUAUAACAGCGAAAUUAGGUAAGUAAAAACAGGCUGUUUCACAACGUAUGGUAACGCGUUUGCAGAGAUACCUUUUCAUAAAGGUUCUCCAAUGUAAGGUUAAAAAACCUUAUACAACAAUAAUGCCCAAGAGAUCACUUCAAAGUCCACCUGAAAAAAAAUUAAAAUCAAAUCAAUGCUCAAUUAAUUCGACAAAAAACGUGGAUCGCUUCACAGAACAUAACCUUAAAACAGAUACAACGAUCAUUGAAGACAUGCAAACAGAAAAUGGGACACAAGAAUCUUCUGUAUGCGUUUCAAAAGAAUCACGGACAAAAGUUACAUAUUUAGAAACACCUGUGAAAUCGGAGAAUGAUAAGAAGGAGUAUAGAGUAAUUAAAUUAGAAAAUGGCUUGACUGCUUUGCUAAUUGCUGAUUUACAUUCCUUUCAUUCAGAUGAUCAAAAUGAUAGAAAAGAUUCAGUAAGUACAAAUGAAGAAGAAAAUGAAGAAACUAACAGUGAAGAGGAUGAAGAGGAAAGUGAAUCAGAAAGCGAUAAUCAAUCAGAUUGUGAUAAAGAUGUAGAAGAUUCUUGUGCUUUUUCCAAACGAUUAAAAAGAGAAGAGAAAAUGGCAGCAUGUGGAUUAUCAGUAGGUGUGGGAAGUUUCAGUGAUCCACCAGAAAUUCCAGGUUUAGCACAUUUUUUGGAACAUAUGGUUUUCAUGGGAUCAGAAAAAUAUUCUGAGGAAAAUGAUUUUGAUGCAUUCAUUAAAAAAAGAGGCGGAUCAGACAAUGCCUCGACUGAAUGUGAAUUAACAACAUUCUAUUUUGAAAUACAAGAAAAAUAUCUUUUGUCAGCACUUGAUCGUUUUGCUCAAUUUUUUAUAAAACCUUUAAUGAAGAAAGAUGCCAUAACAAGAGAACGUGAAGCUGUAGAAAGUGAGUUUCAGAUGGCUUUACCUUCUGAUUUUUGUAGAAAAGAGCAAUUAUUUAGUAGUUUUGCACGAUCAAAUCAUCCUGCAACAAAAUUUUGUUGGGGUAAUUUAGUUACUUUACGAGAUAAUGUAACAGAUAAAAAGCUUUAUGAGGAAUUACAUAAGUUUAAAGAGCGUCACUACAGUGCUCAUAGGAUGAAACUUGCUAUACAAGCAAGACUUCCAUUGGAUGUAUUAGAAGAUUAUGUAACGCAAUGUUUUGCAAAUGUACCAAAUAAUGGUUUACCAGCUGAUGAUUUUACUUUAUUCAAGGGUUCAAAUUCAUUUGAUACACCAAGUUUUAGAAAAAUUUAUAAAAUCAAGCCUAUAAAAGAUAUUUGCCAAGUAGAGUUAACAUGGUCUAUGCCACCUCUUCAUGAUUUAUACAAAAGCAAACCGCAUCAAUAUGUUUCUUGGAUUAUAGGAUAUGAAGGAAAAGGUUCUUUAAUUAGCUACUUAAGAAGAAAAAUGUGGUGCCUUGGUAUUUUCAGCGGAAAUGAAGAAAGCGGCUUUGAACAUAGUUCAAUGUAUGCAUUGUUUAAUUUAUCUUUAAUGUUGACUGAACAGGGACACAAACAUCUGCCAGAAGUAUUAAAUGCUAUAUUUUCAUUCAUCAAUUUAAUGCGCAAAGAAGGUCCGCAGAAAAGAAUAUAUGAUGAGAUCCAUCAAAUUAAAGAAACGAAUUUCAGAUUUACAGAUGAAUCGCCACCAGCAGAAUACGUAGAAGAUUUAUGUGAAAGCAUGCACUAUUAUCCUCCUCGUGAUUAUAUUACUGGAAGUGAAUUAUAUUUUGAAUAUAAUCCAGAAGCUAUACAAAUCUGUUUAAAUUAUUUAACACCUGAUGAUGUAAACAUUAUAAUUUUCGAUAAAAAAUUUAAUGAUGAAGAUUUUGAUAAAGUGGAACCUUGGUUUAAAACUAAAUAUACCGAUAUGGAGAUUCCUCAAGAAUGGAUUGAAUGUUGGAGAACUAUUGAACCUUUUUCUGAAUUCCAUUUACCAUUACCCAAUAUGUUCAUCACAGAUGAUUUCAGUUUAAUUCCAUUGCCAGCCAACAUUUCUAAAUAUCCUACAAAAAUUUAUACAGAUGAGAUAACGGAAGUUUGGUAUCGACCCGAUCCUAAAUUUGGUUUACCUGAAUGUUAUAUGUAUUUUUAUAUCAUAUCGCCAAUGGCUGUUUGUUCACUAAAAGGUGCAGUUCUAAUGGAUUUGUUUAUUGCUAUACUAAAGCAAUUGUUAGUGGAAUCAUUGUAUCCAGCCACGGUUGCUGAACUAAAUCACGAUAUUCAUGCAAAUGAUAAGGGUAUUAUGCUUAAAGUGAAUGGAUUCAAUCAAAAAUUACCACUUUUAUUAAUGACUAUAGCAAAGUGUAUAGCUGAUAUUCCAACGUUAAUAACUGAAGAAUUUUUCGAAGUUAUGAAACAAGAAGAAAUUAAGGCAUAUUAUAAUAAUUUUGUAAAACCUAAAAAAUUAGUUCGGGAUGUAAGAUUAUCAAUUCUAAUGUUUGUUCAUUGGAUGGCCACAGACAAACAUGCUGCAAUUCAUAAUGUGCAAUUUCCUGAAUUCCAGAAUUUUGUUAGUCAUUUUACUGAUCAUGUUUAUAUUCAAUCUUUAGUACAAGGGAAUAUGACAAAGGAAGAUGUAAUAAAAAAUGUUCAGGAAUGUGUAAAGACUCUUAAAUGUGGACCAUUAUUGCCUAACACGAUGCAACAAAUGAGAGUAAUGCAAAUACCAAUUGGUUCGCAUUAUUGUAAAGUAAAAAAUUUUAAUAGCACAGAUGUAAACUCUGUUGUAAUGAAUUAUUAUCAAUCUGGUGUUUCAUCUAUCAAAUUGUUAGUUAUUAUUGAAUUGUUAAUAAUGUACAUGGAAGAGCCACUUUUUAAUCAAUUAAGAACACAAGAGCAACUUGGUUAUAACGUUUUCUGUUUAUUAAGAGACACCUUCGGUAUUCUUGGUUAUUCUAUCACGGUAUAUACUCAAGCAGAUAAAUACAGUACAGAACAUGUGGAUAAUAGGAUAGAAGCUUUUUUGACAAUGUUCAAUAAUAUGCUACAAGGGAUUUUGGAGAAAGAUCUAGAUAGUAUUAAAGAAGCAGUAAUAAAAUUGAAACAAUGCGCUGAUAUACAUUUAAAAGAAGAAGUUGAUAGAAAUUGGUCAGAAAUUAUAACUGGAGAUUAUAUGUUUGAUAGAAUAGAAAAUGAAUUGAGCAUGAUAGAGCAUAUUACAAUCGAUGAGUUGAGAGAAUGGAUGCAAUCUCAUACGAUUAAUGGGAACAAUUUUAGAAAAUUAAGCGUACACGUAGUUGGCAGCACUAAAUCAACUGAUGUGGAGAAUAAUGAAGCUAACUCAAAAAUAGAAAAUGUUGGGAAUGUAAAGUAUUCAUUGGAUUACAUUCCUGUUACUGAAGGAACUGACAAAUCAUCGAUAUAUAUUACUGAUAUUCAGGAAUACAAAAACCAAUUGUACACCUAUCCUGUAAAGCAUACUACUUUAUGAUAUCAAAUUCUUCUAAUGAAAAUUAAUAGUAUUUGAAAAACUCUGAGAAAUAAUAAAGUGAAAUGAUGAUAUAUGAAA